AUGCCCCAUCGCCCGUCGCGAAGGUUUUUGAAAACGUAAGUCUUGUUUGGAAAGAGAUUGCUACUGGCUGACCCACUUCCAUCCGCUAUCACAUCCUCUUUUUUAAUCUGGGACGGAAAUCGCCUGUGACCAUGACCAUCUGUUUGUCAUGAACGACCACCGAUUUUCUUCAAAUUCAGCUGUUCUGAUUCUGAUUCAAAAAGAUGUUUAUGUGGCCUUUUAUGAGCAAUUUUACAAAAUUUUAUCGGUAAACAAUCCUCAAGUUUUCAAAAUUCUCUCUAUUUCCAAUUCUUGAUUCUCUUCGCGUAUCUUCUGUUUCAUCAAGAGACCGUACCCAUAGGCUAAACAAAAACAUUUGACUUCAAUUUUUGUUACACACUUCCAAGAGUAGUCAUCGUGUUGCCAUCUCCUCCGCGGCGUCUCUUCAUGAAGACCGAUCUUCUCGAUCGGCCGACUUCCUCGUUCUUAAAAGCGCAACGAGGCUAACCUAGUGACCAUAAAAAAGUUUUGUUUCGAAAAACGGGAGAGAAAGGCGCUCUCCGCUUCUCAAGGCUACAAUAUAUGUUUGAAAGCAGACAAGUACGCUCUUGGUGUGUCAAAAGUAAGCGGAAGGCUUUGUUUCACAGCGUCCUCCUUCGACACCCCAGUACCAGCAGCAUAUGCAGGGGUAGAAGAGGCCGAAGAAGACGUCCCUCCUAUCGUCUUAUUCAAUCUUCGCGUGCUUCCCAUUACUCUCUCCCUUGCCUUGUCCUCCCUCCCCAGACGACGAUGCUGGUAGUGUAUAUCUGUCGUCGCUUUCGGAACUUUCUCAACUUUUUUCCGGUAACUUGUGUGUAUCGCGCAUCUAUUUUUCUUCGUCAUGUUAUUGUGGUUGUAAAGCGUCUGGUCUGGGCCACGCUCUCACACCAACUUUCGGUAAUUAUAUCGGCUUCCCUCAUUGACUCAUCUUUUCCCCUACUUUUUCUUCCUUUAUGGUCAUGGCUUUGUUACUUCCUCCGUCUAAAAACGUUCAUUCGUCUAUUCAAAUAAGAGGAAAGACAUUUUUCCGUGGUGUACGGGUUGAUAAGUAGAACUAAUUACGAGAAUUGGCAAUCGGAGAGAAUUCCGAGUUAAUUUCACACUUUAAGCGCACUUCACUUCAGAUCUAUACAUCACUGUCUGUAAUCCGCGGUUUCUGAGUCCUGGAUCCACCACUUUUGUUGAUUAUACGGACAGACAUGCCGAACUUGUGGAAGAAUUACAAUUUACAUUUACGGAGGUCCUCCUCUUUUGUCCUUCAACUCUCACUUUCCAUUAUGUUCUUGUCUAAUUGCGGGCUCGUCUCCCAUUUCCCGCAUCUGCUCAUCCUAAUAGACACAGAUGUCGUUUGUUGGUCAGGUAUCUUCUUCUUCUUGUCCUAUUUCUUUCCUUUCCCACAAAUCCAUCUUUCCUAUAGACUUGUUUUGCAUUUCGCGGUUCGCUGAUUUUGCAACAAAUUUGACAAGCUAUAGCCGCUUUCUCCCAACCCAUCACCGAAUCCUUAUCACCAUUCUUUUCAAUCUUUGACACUUUCAUUUUUGCAGCGCACCGGGCGCUUGUGACUGGGAACAGUGUCUGCUGAUGGGCUCCGGCGAGCCGACGCGAGCUCGCGCGGCGGUCACAUUGUCGUCACAGCACAAGCAACGCAAACCUCGACAGGAAAUAUCCGCGUGCCUGAAAUGGCUUGUCUUCGGACUCAACUCAAUUGUCUUCGUAAGUUGCAUUUUUCCCCUUCAAAUUAAUCUUUUUACCGACGCUUUUGGUCGGUUGCGUAACGAGGGCCGAAUAGAAGGAAAGUGUCAUUUCCGGGAUGAGCAUUUUGCAUAUUUAAUCUUGCCUCGUUCCAUUGAGUAGAUAAAACGAGGGUGGCCUUCCAUCCUUCGCGGGAUACGAUUGGAGAAAGAAGAACAAAGGCAGUUGGGUGUUGAGGGACAUCAAAACGCUUCUGUGAAGAGAAGGAAUUCUUGCCUCCUGCACCUGUUUGCUGUGAACACCAUCUGUCCCUUUGCGAUGCGAUUUUUCGAAACUCAUUGCCAAAUGUCCUUUCUUGUCUUUGCUUUCUUUUCUCACCAAUCGGGUUCUGGUCAAAUGUCGCCCAUUAGCAAUGGCUCAUUUACUCGAUUUGUUCAACUGACCCGCCCGCCACCAUGACAAGAGCGCCGCGUCACAGCCGAAUGAGUAGACGAAGGUUCGGAAAGAAGAAGACGUUUAAUGACACAUUGAAUUGAAUUUGGGAAUAAAGACAUUAGAGGGGACCGGCCAACUUAGGGUAAUCGAAUUGGGCCAUUGCUCAAUAUGCAUACUUUCUAAAUGGAUCAUCCGGUUUCGUUUGGUUCCCACUACUAAAGUUCCGUAAAUCUUGAGAAAGUGAGAACGAACUAGUGAAUAAGUCACAAGUUGUAAGCCAAUUACUUCCUCUCACAACGCUUCGUUCACUCUUAGAGAACCCACUUCAAUUCAUAAGUGCAUUAGGCUUCACCCGCACCCAAAUUGCCUUUCGGUGUUUGUGCAUUUCCUGCUGAAUGUUAAUUGAGGAUGACCUUUCUUUCACCAGCUCUUAAUUUGCAUUAAGCCGAACGGCGUGUUGUCUUCGCGUGUGCCGGGGACCCUCUUCUCUAUAAUCCCGCCAAAAACAAUCAAAACGCUUUUGGCGGUGAAUAUUCAAUGAAUGAUCGGGGCACGUGGAAAAUAAGAGGAGGGUGAUGAUUAAAUGAAAUACCAAGAAAAGGGAAAGCGGGUCGGAUUGGGAAAGCAAGUCGCUCGAUCCGAAUCAUCUGAUGUCAACCACUACGCGGAAUCUGUAUGAAAUGUGCUUGUUUUCAGCUCGUCGGCGUUGGAAUCCUUGCCCUAGGUGUUUACCUGUUUGUCAAAGAUUUUCGAGAAGUCAAAUUGGUUGAUGUGAUUCUAAAUCCAGCAAUUCUGAUAACUAUCCUCGGUGAGUACACGGAAGAACAAGUCAUGAGAGAUUACAAUUCAUUUGCAGGCUUUUCAAUAUGCAUCGUAUCAUUCUUUGGUUUUAUGGGUGCCUUGCGAGACAACAUUUUCUUGCUCAAAUGUGUAAGUAUCAAAAAUGAAGUAGAUGUCUCUAAAACUCUUUCUUUUUUCAGUUUGCCGCCUGUGUCUUCCUCUCGUAUAUUCUAGUCGUCGCCGUCACCCUAGUCUUUUUCACACUGUUUUACACGGACACCACUGAGGUACAAUGAAUUUCAACAGUCAUCAGAAAGCAACCGACUUUCUUCAGGGUCUUUCUGCAAACUGGUUGCUUCUGUAUGCUGUCAAAAAUUAUCAUACUAAUCGAAACCUGGCUGAAAUAAUGGACGCACUUCAGGAGAAUGUACGAAAGAAAAAAUCUUAAGUCUAUUUAUUACUGUUUGAUAUUUUCAGUUGGAAUGCUGCGGUGUUUCUUCGAUUGCUCAAGGGUAUCGGGAUUGGAACAUGAGUUAUCAAUUCAAUUGCACCACUUCCAACCCUCAACCCGAAAAGUGUGGAGUGCCGUUCUCGUGCUGCCGAAAAUCUGUUAUUUCGGAAGCGGUAGGUUAUGACGUACAUUGAAAAUGCUUCGAUGCGUAAGCAAGUGAAUUAUCACAGAUUUGUUGCGCGAUUUUAAAAAGUCAAAGAGAAUUUAGAUUAGAGAACGGAUUGGAUAAAAUGAAAAGAUUGCAGGCUGGAUCUUCAAACCCACUCCUUCCGGCUAUGAGAUCCUUGGAGUGCUGGCAAAAUGCGCUCACCAAAAGACCAGGAGAUCUGGAGCACGACAUUUACACGCGAGGAUGUCUACAGCCUUUACGAACACUUUUCGAGUCACACGCCGUUCAUGUCGGAGCGUUCGUUGCACUUCUCAUUGUUCCAGUGGUAAAUCAAUAGUUUGUGUUGGGGUUCCACCUGAACUUUUUGUUUUCAGUGCAUCUCCGUUUGCCUAACGAACAUCCUCGCAAAACAAGUAGAUCAUCAACGGUAUCUUCUGGAGCGGGAAGCUCGACGGCACGAGCGACGGCGGAAGAGAGACCGGGAUCACCGGAUGCGUGAUCAGAUGAACUCGCUGGACUUGCUGGAAGAAGGCCAACUCAAUAACUCUUCCGCUAAUACGGUAAUCUUUGGAGCAGAAGUUUUGGAAAAGCGCAUUAUUCGAAACGUUGUCCAUUAGGAUAAGUGUAGUGCAGCAGCUAUACAGACUUUGGACUGAUAAGCUGCCGUCAAAAAAGUUUGGAGCCAUUUGGCAUUUUGUAAAUGUCACGUAGGCUCAAUGCUUUUUUGAGCAGUCGGAAGAGAUUUACAAAAAGGAACUGAAAUGCCGGAAUGAUUCGUCACGAAUCUGCAAAAUCCUUCUUGUUUUGCACAUAUCGUAUUCAUAACCUCUUCAUCAACAGGAAAAUCCAAAAAUAUAUUUAUAUACGUGUAUAAACAAGAUGAGAUCACUCACGUCAUCGAUGAUAUCUUAUCCGUUUAUACAGCUCCCUAAAGAUCGGGAUGAUCUUACGGAUGAUUGGAACUUGCGCUUAUGUCCUUUCAGUUCAAACAUUAAUAUGUGCUCGAUUACAGACACGACCACGACCGCCUGACAUUCCUCCCCCGCUCCCGCCAAUCGAACAUGUGCCGAGAAAGAAAUCAAGGAACGCGAGCAGUUCUCCGACUCGGAAGCCCAAGUCAUCUGGAGUGGAGAACGCGGCAGCCCGACGGAAGAGGACCCCGGCAUCCACGAGACCGAGUCCUUCUACAGGACCGAUUCCGACGCCACAAGCAACCACGAACAGUCGAACGCAUCAAUGGGUACUGCAACAAUCGGAUUUAGUUCCCCCGAAGAGCAAAUCAUGA